AUGCGCGCGCACGCGCCCGGGGGUGACGACCAAGGACGCGGAGGUGGUCGACGGAAACGCCCGCGCGGAGGCCGCUCGGGACGCGGAGGCGAGGGACGGGGAGAGAUUCCCAAGCCGCAGCGGGACGGGGACUCAUUCGGCGGGACGAGCGGGAUCAACGAUAGAUUGGAUUUCGGUGGUGGCGGCGGGAGAGCGCCCGUGGCGCCGAAGAAGGUUAAUUUGAUGAUGUCGCAAUCGGGCGGGGGGACGCUCGCGCGAGCGGUGCGCGUGGAGUCGCAAGGGUCGAACGCGCCGUCGAGCACGGCGGCGUUUGCAAACAUGGGUCUGACGGAGGCGUCGGCUCGGGCGAUUCGGGACGUCAUGGGGUUCACGCACGCCACCUCAGUACAGGACGCGACACUACCGCACAUCAUGCAAGGAUUAGACGUCCUCGCGCGGGCGAAAACCGGGAGCGGGAAGACUGUUGGAUUCUUAUUGCCGGCUAUCGAACGCCUGGCGCGCGCAGGGGCGCCGCAAAGGGGUAACGUGUCGUGCCUGGUGAUUUCGCCCACGCGCGAGCUCGCGUCUCAGAUCGGCGAAGAGGCGAAAAGUCUGUUGUCGUUUCAUCCUUUCAAGUGCCAAGUCGUGUUCGGAGGGACGAACAUCAACAGCGAGCGAAAGCGUUUGAAGACUGAGCCGGUGGAAUUUUUGAUCGCCACGCCGGGUCGUUUGAUCGACCAUUUCGAAUCGGGCGAUCUCGCUCGCGCGUGCCAGAAUCUCGACGUAUUGGUACUCGACGAAGCGGAUCAACUCCUCGACAUGGGUUUCCGCCCGAGCCUGGAGAAGAUCUUGUCUUUCCUGCCGAACCAACGUCAGACGCUCCUGUUCUCCGCCACUGUUCCCAAAACGGUGCAUCAAAUCGCGGCCAACGCUUUGCGUCCAGGACAUCAGUACAUCGAUUGUGUUGGCGAAGAUGCACCCGCAACGAACCUUCAGGUGAAGCAGUCACUCAUUAUGGCCCCGUUUCACGACCACUUAACUCUGAUGACGCAAGUCAUCGAGAGGCAUCAAGCCGAGGAACAGAACCACAAGAUUAUGGUCUUCUUCACCACGGCACGUUCGACGCAGCUCGCGUCGGAGACUUUCGAGGCAAUGGGUAAACCCGUCUUCGAAAUCCACAGUCGGAAAUCGCAGGCGGUCCGUACAAAGGCUGCGGACAAGUUCCGCGCGUCUCGCGCUGCCGUCAUGUUCUCCUCAGACGUCACUGCUCGCGGUAUGGACUUUCCCGACGUGACCAUGGUGAUCCAAAUCGGCGUGCCGUCAAACAGAGAACAGUACAUCCACCGUCUCGGGCGCACCGGUCGCGCCGGAAAGACUGGUAAAGGUUUGCUAAUGCUCGACCCUGCUGAGAAGUUCUUCAUGAACGGCGUUCGAGAUUUACCAAUCGAAGUCCUCGACAGCUCGGUCGAUCCUCAGACGGACCAGGCUGUUCGACUCGCCAUUCGUAAAGUCAACCCAGACACCAAGAGUCAGGCCUACAGCGCUUGGUUAGGCUUCUAUAACGGCUCGAGCUCAAAAAUGAGGUGGAGCAAGGAGGACUUGAUCUUCGCUGCAAACAACUAUGCGUUGGAGACGUUGCAGUGCGACCAACUUCCUGGACUGAUGAAGAAGACGAUCGGGAAGAUGGGUCUGCGAGACUACGCAUCACACUUGCGAAUCGUCUCCGAGCUUGAGCGUGGCGGCGGCGGCGGUGGCGGUGGCGGUGGCGGCGGUGGCGGCGGCGGCAGCGGCGGACGCGGUGGCGGCGGACGCGGUGGCGGCGGACGCGGUGGCGGCGGACGCGGUGGCGGUGGACGUGGCGGACGCGGCGGGGAUCGUGGCUUCGGCGGUGGUGGACGUAGCGGCCGCUACUGA